AGCAUUCAGGUUCGUUGGCUUUCAGUUGGGUUGUUUUGCUCUGACUUCCCCAUUCUGUGUUUAUUUCUUUAUUUGCCGACCGACUGAGACACGGACGUUUUUAUCAACUUUUUUGUUCGUUCCGCCGUUUCCGAAGAAUUCGUCUGAGCUAAAAACGUGCAAACACCGCGCGUUGCGUAAUGCGCGGUUCAUGUUUUCGUGACAUAUUUUCAUAUGCUCCGCAGAGAUAAAGCCCGUUCGCCGCGAGUUUAUGCAUUUCGCAAGGAGAACAACAAUCGUGGAGUUAUCUAAACAGUGCGGAUUAGUGGAAUUGUGCGAGCCUUGAGUGAAAUUCUUGUCAAGUCGCAAUGGCGGCAAACAGCGGUUUGAUUUGUUACGACCCUGAGACUGUCGUGCCGUAUCCAACCGAGUUGGACCUGUCGGAAGUCCCUUUGACGGCAUUGCGCCAGAAGGUCCGUGCUAUGUUGUCCGCGAAACUGAACCCGCCGAAAAUCCUUCUUACCGAGGAGGGACUUCCCCGCGAUUGGCGCGGUAUCCUGCACUGCGCUCGUCUGAAUCACGGCGAGGCCAACUUGGUCCACAGCCACCCCAACCCCAUGGCCAGUGUCCUGAAGUUGUGGUGCGAUGCAGUCAGAGAUGAUGGUCGCCAAGGAGCCUCCUUCGCCCAACUUAUCGCAGCUUUGGAAGUGAUUGAUCGCUUCGACGUCGCGGACGACAUCAAAGAAACUUUAGAGGAAGAUGCCAAAGCCUACAUCAUCAACAAACACACAACCCUCAUACAAAGCAUUCCAGAAUCAACAAAACCUCCUCGAACAGCUAAUUCUGAAGAGGACAUUCUGACCGUACACGAUGUGGAUCGAUCUAGUCAAAACCUGCCGCCACAAAUCUACGAUGCAUUCAUUUUGUUCGCCGAUGAAGAUAUUGAUUUUGCUACGGAAUUAAUUGAGAGAAUGGAAGACUGCGGAUUAAGGCUUUGUGUAAAAGAACGCGACCUAGUCGGAGGGAUAUCAUUUGAACAUGAGGCCAUCUUACGAUUGAUUUCAGAACGAUGUAAUCGUCUUGUUGUGAUAUUUUCGCCCGCAUUUCUUGAGAGUGUAGCUAAUACUUUUUUCGUCAAUUACGCUCAAGCUUUAGGAAUUGAACAAAAGAGGCGCAAAAUUAUACCAUGCGUGUAUAAAAAGUGUGAAAUACCAGCCACGUUGAAUUACUCCUUUCUCCUCAAGUAUGAACGGUCUGGUAGACUCUUCAACUUUUGGGAGAAACUGCGCGAUACAAUACGAGAUACCCGAAACGAAGGCAAAAUGAGAUUCCGGUUGGCCCUGCCAAGUAUCACAAUAACAGAAGUGGAUUCUCCGACAUCUACAAUUGGAGAAUUAACCCCAAGUGAAGCUUCGGAUGUAGAUCUCACCCGAGUUGGAACACCAUCAAGUAUAUCCUCAUUCUCUCAGCCAGCACAAAAUAUUACAGUUGCGAUAUCUGAUGAAAAUCAUAAUCCACAAACGCCAGAGCCUGUUCGACCGAGAAUCAUGCCGCCGCCACCUCUAUUACGAAGUAGCGAGUCAGUGAACAGCCUCGCGAAUACUCCCCAAAACGGAACAUUGAAAUCAUCCCUCAACGGAUCCGCGAAAUCGCUACACAACUCCAAGAAAAUGAAAUGGUUGAAUAAACUGCUUUCGCCUAGAGCGACAUCGGAUAAUGCUUUGAGUGCAUCAAACAAUGUGCUGAGCACCCCAAAUAGUGCAUUCAGUGCAUCAACUGGUGCAUUGAAUGCAGCAAAUAAUAAUGCAAUAAUUACAAAUUCAAAGACUAAAACUAAGACGAAAAGUAAUUGGUUUAGGAGAAAGUUAGCUACGUACAGUUGAUCGAUGCAGGUGCCUUGCGAAUUGCUAGAUAUUAAAGGUUGCUAAUUUGGAUGUCAUAAGGUGUGAGCUGAAAGUGCAAUUAUCUAUUAUGACAUUCAAGAAUAUAUUACUGUUUUCCUUUACGUGUAAGUCUAUUAACAAAUUAUUUUAUUUUAAGUUUAUGUUCGUGAAUUUUAAAUAGAAAGUAUUAUUUACAACA